GGCCGCUCGCUCGGCGUUCGGGUCCGCGGCCGCUGCGGCGCCGGGCAUUUCUCCGCAGCUCGGCUCGCGGCCGCGCCCGCCGCCGCCCGGCCCCGCGCCCAUGCAGGCCAUCAAGUGCGUGGUGGUUGGCGAUGGAGCCGUGGGGAAGACUUGCCUGCUGAUCAGCUACACGACCAACGCCUUCCCAGGAGAAUAUAUCCCCACAGUUUUCGACAACUACUCAGCCAACGUGAUGGUGGAUGGGAAGCCGGUCAACCUGGGGCUAUGGGACACUGCUGGCCAGGAAGACUACGAUAGGCUUCGGCCACUCUCCUAUCCUCAAACUGACGUCUUCCUGAUCUGCUUCUCCCUGGUGAGCCCGGCGUCCUUUGAGAACGUCCGUGCCAAGUGGUACCCAGAGGUGCGGCACCACUGCCCACACACACCCAUCCUUCUGGUGGGCACCAAGCUGGACCUCCGUGAUGACAAGGACACAAUUGAACGGCUGCGGGACAAGAAGCUGGCACCUAUCACCUACCCCCAAGGUCUGGCCAUGGCCCGAGAGAUCGGUGAGUUCUGUCAAGUACCUGGAGUGCUCAGCCCUGACCCAGAGAGGUCUGAAGACAGUGUUCGACGAGGCCAUCCGGGCUGUGCUCUGCCCACCUCCAGUGAAAAAGCCAGGCAAGAAGUGCACUGUGUUCUAGAGCCUUGUCCGGCCGGCCUGGCUGCAGAGCGCUGGCUCAAGUGUGCCCUUCUGUUGAGCUGUCUGAUGUCCCUGAGUCUGCCGUGGGAAGUGGUGUGGGUGGGAGAAGCAUGGGGACAAGGCUGGGGUGAUGGGGUCCUGUCCCCUAUUCCUCCUUUUUCUGGGAUAUAGCCCCAGCCUUCCCUGGUCCCUAUGGGAGGCCAGGAGGGAGCGGGGUCUCCCUCAGGGUUUCAGGGGUGGGUCCAGGGCAGCCCCAGGAUGGGCUUCCCUGGGGGGAAGGGUGGGGGUGGUUUUGUUCAUCCAUCGUGUCCCAGGAAAGGGCGGCCCCUUCUUAUUUUAUACAAUAAACAUUCACCACCUC